AUGCCUCGGUGUGCAAGUGACUACUGGCGUCAGGACGGCUUCUCGGCUGACCGAGGGGUCUGGAGAGCCAGCAGCCUUGGGCCCGCGUCCCAGGGCUGUGCUGUGGAGGGGAGUGGUGGGGUAGCACGAAUCAAGCGAGCAGCUGAGCUAUGGAUCUCUCUGGAGGAGCACCAAGGUGCAUUAGAGCUUAUAAUGAGCAAAUACAGAAAACAGAUGUUACAGCUUUUGCAGGGGAGAAAAGGUGAAGAUGCAGAACCAGUCUUGCAAGUUCAUCAGACUAAUUCCUUGGAAAUUGAAAGUCAAAUAGACAAAAUAUGUGAGAUGGGAGAGGUGAUGAGAAAAGCUAUUCAAGCUGAUGAUGAUCAGUUCUUUAAAGUUCAGGAGAAACUAGCUCAGUUGGAGCUUGAAAACAAAGAGCUGCGUGAACUGUUGUCAAUCAGCAAAGAAUCUUUUGAGGUGGGGAGAGAAGAUCUGCCUGACUGUGAAGCUUAG